UCCAACAUGGCAUCCAUCAUGGAGAGAAAUCACUCAAAUUCAGACCCUUUUUCCAGACACCGCAACCAAUACAAAUGCACGACACCACCAUGGAAAGAAACCUACAAAAAGCGUUGCAAAGAAAGACUUCGGAACGGAAGGCAAAAGUUCCUGGAUAGAUUCAGAGACAUUGCCAGUGACAACAGCCCAUCUCCUGUAGGCUCUGAAGUAGAGAAAGUAAUGGACGAGGAAUGGUCCAGAAUUGCUGUAGAAAACGGCCAUCUUCCAGCRUGGAAACCAAACAAGGAGUCUUGUCGUCCAUUUGCAGGAAUUAAGCUUGAUGUCAGCGAAGAAGCCGAGCUGAAUGAAAUAAUUGAUAUCAUGGAAGAGAUUCAGAAAGAGUUAAUUGAAGAAGAGCAAACCAUCCUUCAGCAAUAUGAUGAAAAUAUGAGAUUUGAAGAAGAAUCACUUUGUGCAGCAAUAGAUAAGCUGUCAACUGAUGAUGUCAUAUGYCCUGUGUGUAAACGGAAUCCUCUUCAUCAGAACAAGCAAGUGAUUUUUUGUAAAUGUGGAAUACGUAUUGACACAGAGUAUGAUGCCAUUGAUUUGUCUUAUGUAAGAAGUCAAAUAGAGGAAUCUGUAACUACCCACAGAGAUGAAGGGUGUUUUCUUGAACYAGAGUUUGAAGUAUCAAGAGCAGUUGGUCUUGGAGUCAAUAAUUUAUUAUCAAAAUGUCAGGCCUGUGGAUUCAUGUAUAUAGUUUUAUAAAUGAUUGACAGCUGUCAAUCAAGUUAUACUUGGAAAUAUUAAUUAUUAUUGUUACAGUUUACAUCAAAUUUCAUAGAAUGUAUACAAAUGUAACUAGAUUUGUACAAAACCUUUAGGUUUAGUCGUGGGAAUAUUUCAUUUCUUAUUGCACAUUGUUCUCAGACAAUUGUGCUAUGUAAUUUUGUACAUAGUAAUAGAGUAUAUUAUUAGAUUUAUUCUAUUGAAUUUAUUAAAGACAUUUAGCCUUA